AUCCAGGUACGUACGCGUACACGUACGUAUGUACGGCCGGCCCGGCGUCAGUCGUGCCAGUGUAGCGCUAGUUAGCAGACGACACGUCUUCGAUUUGACAAGUUGGUUACAAUGCCCAGGAAAAGGACUGCAGCCCGUGAUCAGAAUGAAGUAUCGGCAAAAAUGGUGAAAAGCAACCAAGAGGAUGAAAUAGAUGGAGCAACCGGUGCGCAUCUCUGGCAAGAUGGGGUGAAUGCGAUGGGUGAUGCAGCAUCAGCGAUUGCCCCGGCCACCACAAGUAAUGUCACAACGCCGUCAUCUGGCGGCAUCGCCGAUCGCUUCUUGUCUGAACUGGUGGCACCCUUCAACAGGGACGUGGCCGGGAUGGAGUUUGGGAAGCCAGUGGAGUACGUGUAUAAUCCACUCGAGUACGCCAGCGAGCCACAUGAGGACUACAUCAGAAAGUACUGCAACUCAACGAAAGACAUCCUCUUCCUGGGAAUGAACCCUGGCCCGUUUGGAAUGGCACAGAACGGGGUUCCCUUUGGAGAGCACGAUUCUGUCGUCAACUUUCUGGGCAUCACAGGAAAUGUUGGCAAGCCACCCAAAGAGCACCCUAAGAGACAGAUUGUGGGGCUGAGCUGUGACCGGAAAGAAGUGAGUGGCAGUCGCUUCUGGGGGCUGUGGAAGACACUCUGCGGAACCCCCGAGGCGUUCUUCCGUCACGCCUUUGUCUAUAACCACUGCUCCCUGGUCUUCAUGUCCGAAACGGGGAAGAACAUCACGCCGGCGGACAUGCUGGUGGGCGCGCGCAAGGAGCUGGUAGAGCUCUGUGACACCUUCAUCUGCAAGAUGGUUCAGCUUCUUGAGGCCAAGGUAGUGGUGGGUAUCGGGAAGUUUGCUGAGGAGAGGGCCAAGAGGGCCUUACAGGCCGGGGGUGUUGAAGGGGUACGCGUGGUGACCAUUAUGCACCCUUCCCCUAUCAACCCAGCAGCCAAUAAGGGAUGGGAUCAAGCUGUCACUAAGCAACUUGUCGAGUUGGAUCUGCUUCAAUACUUCAAGAAAUAGUGCAGAGAUGCCGGAUUAUGUUGCAAAAGAGAACAAUCCCCUGUUAGCACCAUUCCAAAUUGGAAAUCGAUAAUGUGGGGUGUCAUUACAUAUCUGGAAAUUUGGAUGGACUUUGAUCUUGCGUGAUAAUGUAGUUUUAAAUUUACAGUGAUGAACAGCAGCAUCUGCAAAGAGAAGACAUUAUCUUUCCCUUUGUUCCUGGAAACUCUCUCGUGAAGUACGUACAAACACGUUUUUUAGGGCCUAUGGAGAGCAAAAAUUUGACUAUCAAUAGCAAGAAAAUCCUUCCGUUUGUCUUAAAGCCAUAAAAGUCAAAGGAAAUUUCCUACAUAAAAUGUUGUUUUGUUUCUAUUCAAGGAAAUGUGUAGCCAACCUUUUCAAGCAUUUGUAAAGAUUUUAAUAUAGAAUCUUUAUAAUAAAUGAAGAACAUAAGUUGGAA